AUGCAAUCACCUCAAAACACAAAUUCUUGUUUCAACCAAGUUGUACAAGAAUCUCCUAUCUCAAAUUCUGUUCCUAUAAGUUUUACAAGGAAAGUUGCCAGAAAACCAGCAUGUAACUGGUCUAUUGAAGAAGACCGUAAAUUACUUGAUGCUGUAAAUAAAUUUGGAAAGUCUCGAUGGGUUGCAAUUGCUGAGUUUGUUGGGAGUCGAUCCAGAAAGCAGUGUAGAGAACGUUAUAUAAAUCAUAUCUCUCCAAUGAUUGACACAAGCGAAUGGACACCUAAAGAGGACUCUGUUAUAAUUCAAGGGCAUGGAAAAUAUCUUAACUCAUGGAGUAAAAUUGCUAACAUGUUAAAAGGAAGAACUGCACAUGCUGUAAGAAAUAGAUAUUAUAGUCUCUCCUCUAAAAUUUCAACAUCAAAAACUUGUUUUGUUCCAACAUCUUCUCCUUACACUGUAACUUACUGUGGAGAGUUAUGGUAA